GCGGGGGGUGGGGGUGUGAAUUCAAGUUGCAAAGCUAUAGUCUUCUUCUUUCUUAUGUCUACCUUUCCUUUCUUUUUUCUGGCUUUAAUUUGAUUUUCUUAGCUACAAGCUUCAUUUCCAUCGCUUCAAAGCUAAUAAGGUACUCAAUUUUAAUGCUUUAAACUCGAAUUAAUCCUUCAAUUUUCCAUUGUCAAUGUCAUCUGAGGAGGAAGAAUCGUAUUACGCUGUAUAUUCUCUGGACAACUACUUAUACGGCAACUCAUCAGAGGAGUCUAAGAGUAGAGUGUCCUUGCACAAUUGCCUCAUUAGAAUUGUGGUUGAGCAUAUAUUAAAGUUGUCAUCCCGACAUGGACAUGUAAUUGAUACGUUAGAGAACCUUAAACCAAUGGGAAUUCUGGACAUCGAAUUUGGGCAAGAGCUCAAGGCGUUCUUCACAGUCCCGAACCAGCAAAUCAUGUCCCAUAUUAGUCUUAAUCUCAAUCCUAAUAUAGUUGUUGCAGCGUUUAUCAACUUUCACCUCCUAAUGGUAGAAGUCAUCCUAUAUUUUAAGGCUGGUUCCAUUGCUCGUGUAAAGGGUUCCAUCCAAAAUCUCCAGACCGAACUUGGAUUUCUUAUGACUUUUCUUGGGGAUAAUGCGAUGCAUUUGCAGCACAACAAGAAUAUAGUGACAGAUAUCGAGGCUAUGGUUAAUCAGGUAGGACGUUUCUUGUAUUUCUUCUUUUUCAUCAUUAUUCUCUUGGUUAUUUCCAUGAAGAAAGGAACCGGAAAAGUAAUGACGGAUUUUGAAGUUGUGGUCAAUGAUGUAGGAAGUUUGCUGCAUAAUAAAAUUUUCAACUUGAUUGAGGAUAUAACAUUGCUGACCACUAAAGAGGAGGACGGAAAUAAGAAAAAAGGAAUAAAGUUGGAAGUAACGAAGAAAGAAAUAACGGAUAUCAAAGCUCUAGUCCAGGAGGUAGGAAGUUGCUUAGCGCUAUCGUUUUUCUUGGUUACAGAGAGCGGAGAAUGGGAUCUUGCUCUUUCCAAUUUGUUAACAAAGUUUGAGCUCUUGAAAGCAAAGAUCUUGCACUGCAUCGCAGUUUCAAAGAUGUCAAGUGAUAUGACUCCAAAGACUCCCAUGGUUUCACUCUUCAUUGUUGAUUCCGUUCUUGAUGAUCUCAUGGACCAAAUAAAUAACAAGCCUGACAAGAUAAUUGGUGUUGAAGGUCAAGUUGUAACGCUCCAUAAGGAGCUUAUGUCAUUGCGAUCUUCUGUCACCGAUGUGGCUGGUCAGCAGGAAGUAAAACAUGAAGAACUUAUGAUACAAAUGAGUGACAUAGCAUAUGAAGUUGAAUAUGUUAUUAACUCAUUUCCACAUGUUUGGUAUCUCACCCUCAGGCUCCCUCAACUCAUUGAGAAGAUUUAACUUAUUAAGAUGGCUAUCAAAGACAUGAAGAACAGUAUUGAUGCAGCUGGAAUACCAGAAGUUGCAAAAUAUCCAGUUGAACAGUGUUUUCUUUACUUUGGAGCAUUUGAGGAAGAUGAGGAAAUCCCAAUACAAAAGUUGAUAUCUCUUUAGAAAGCCGAAGGAUUUAUAAAGAAGGAAGAUCAGAAAUGCUUAGAGGAUGUGGCCCUAGAAUAUCUGAUGCAACUAGAUAGGAGAUUGGUACUUGUUUCCAAACAAAGCUUUGAUAGAAAAGUCAAAACUUGUAAGGUUCAUGAUCUAUUGCGUGAAAUGUGCUUGAGAAUAGGUGAAGAAAAGAACUUUUUGAAGGUGUUCAAAUUUGACGAUGAUUAUCCACCACUGUUCUUGAGUCAAGUAUGCAUGUAUCAGCAUCACCACAGUCUCCGUAUAUCUGAGAGCCAUUCUAGGUUCUCUCUGCCUUUUGGCCUACACAUGCGCUCUCUUCGGUGUCAUAAUCGUGUGAUGACCAGUUUAAUCCCAAGCAGCUUCAAAGUUCUUAGUGCCUUGGAAUUUCGCAGAAGCUGUAGAGUUCAUAUUGUAAUAGGAAUUGAAAAUCUGGUUCACUUGAGGUACUUCGCAAUUUCAUGUGAACCGCCACCAAUGGAAAGCUUCGACAAACUAGAAUUUCUUUAUGAGGACAAUUUAACUUCAAAUAUAGUUGAAUACCGGAUGUCCUUCUUGCUAUGAUGAGUUUGAGACAUGCAUUUCAAGGGCAGUGGGCGCUUCAGUGAAUCUAUUCAUUGGCAAGCAACUAAGGAGCAAAACUUCCAAAUAAGUAAUAACAUACAAAGUAUUUUUGUGAUUAUAAUUUCCGAUGAAACAAAUGAGAAAAUUUUGAGAUGCUGCACCAAUCUUCGCAGAGUGAAAUGUGGAUUGACAACUAAACGCCAUUAUUCUUUUGACUCUCUUAAUCAACUCAGUUCAGUGAAUUUUUUUAUGAACUAUCAACGCUCCAGACUUAUCAUUCUACCCUUAAAUCUAAAAAAAUUGACAUUAGCUCGUUUACAUAUUUCUCCGGAGCAAAUGGAGAUAAUUGGGGGAUUGCUGAACCUAGAGGUUCUCAAAUUAGGAUUUGUCUGUUUUGAUGGAAGGACAUGGAAUGCCUCAAGUGAAUUCCCCAAACUUAAAUUCUUGAAACUCAGCUCUGCAGACCUCAAAGAAUGGAAUGCCUCAAGCGAUAAUUUCCCAAGUCUUGAAGUAGCAUUGCAAUAUUGUAGCUAUUUGAAAAUGAUCCCUUCCAGUUUUGGCGGUAUUCUAACAUUACAGAAGAUUGAGGUCUAUAGGUGUGCGAAAUCUGUCGAGGAAUCUGCUAAGCAAAUUCAGGAAGAACAACAAGACAUGGGAAAUGAAAUGCUUAAAGUCAUAAUCUCUAACUCGUAAAUAGAGCAUUCAAUUCUUGCCCGUAUAUACUAUAAUUCUCUAAGAAUUUCCUUUUUGCUCUUUUAAUUGGAUUUUGAACAAAUUUUUUUU